GCCUGCAGAGAUGGAGCGUAUUGAAGACGAUGAUCGGUAUCGAGUUGAAUAUCUGGAGACGCCCAUCAAAUCGGAAAACGAUAAGAAGGAUUACAGAGUUAUCAGAUUACAAAAUGGUUUAACGGCUUUGCUCAUAUCAGAUGUAUAUUCAAAAACAUACGUUUCUCAAGAUCAAAACAAUGAGACGGACAAAAAAAAGACAGUAUGUGGCUUAAGUGUGAGAGUAGGAUGUUUCAACGAUCCACCAGAAAUUCCAGGCAUGGCAAAUUUCCUCAAGCGUAUGAUUUUUAUGGGAUCCGAAAAAUACCCACAAGAAAACAAUUUUGAAGCAUUUAUCAAAGAGCGUGGCGGAUCUGUUGACGCCUCAAUUGAUUACGAACAUACAACAUUUUACUUCAAUAUCCAAGAAGGGCAUUUGUUAUCAGCUCUCGAUCGUUUUGCUCAAUGUUUCAUUAAACCCUUGAUGAAGAAAGAUUCCAUUAUACGAGAGCGAGAGGACAUUAAAAACGAGUUUCAAUUCGUACCUUGUGCCAAGAAUAAGCAGAAGCAACCGUUGUCCUCCUUCGCGGAAACUGAUCCAGCCAACAAGUUUAUUUGGGACAAUUUUAUGACCUUUAGCAACAAUAUAGAUGAUGAUAAAUUGUACGAAGAACUGCACAAAUUCAAAAAUUGCCAUUACAGCGCUGACAGAAUGAAAAUAGCUAUACAGGCUAUACUAUCACUGGACACAUUAGAACAAUAUAUCGCGACGUGUUUUGCUGAUAUACCAAAUAAUGAAUUAUAUCUCGAUGACUUUAAAAAAAAAGAUAGUGUUUAUUUUGAUAUUCCCAGUAUCCGAAAAAUGUUUACUGAAACAAGCUGUCAUAAAUCGUAUAUGAAGUUUAAACAAGAAGAUGAAUUACAAGUAAGGUGGACGAUACCUUUGCCACCUGAUUUUUAUAGAAGUAAACCACAUGAAUAUAUCGCAUGGGUUAUGGGGUAUAAAGGAAAAGGUUCUUUAAUAAGUUAUUUACGCAAAAAAAUUACGAGUUAUGUAGGAUCCAGUAAAGAAGUUCAUUGUGAGAUUGAAAACUUCUUAAGACAUAAUUCAGUAUAUGCUGUGUUAAAGUUUACUAUAAUAUUCUCCAAUGAGGAAGAAAAAUAUCUGGAAGAUGUUUUAGAUGCGAUAUUUUCCUUUAUUAAUUUACUAAAAAAAGAAGAUCCUCAUAAAAGGAUUAUUCACUACGACAUUUACAAGAUGAUGGAAAACGAUUUUAGAUUUAUUAAUGAAAAAGAUUCAGUGGAUUAUGUAGUAAAUUUGUGUAAGGAUAUGCAUUUCUAUCCGCCACGUGAUUAUAUAAUUGCAAAUGAACUUAUUUGUAUUGAGUAUAACCCAGAAGCUAUACAAAAGUGUUUGAAUUAUUUGAUGCCAGAGACCGCGAUUUUGCUAGAAAAACAUCGUUCUUUGCCUUCCGAUUAUCAUGAAGUUCAGUCUCGUGAAAAUUGUUAUGAAUAUACAUAUACCGAGAUACCAAAAGAAUGGAUCGAACGCUUGAAAUCCAUCGAGCCGUUGCCGGAUUUUCAUUUACCAUUAAAGAAUGUAUUCAUUGCUAGCGAUUUCUCUUUAAUACCGAUACCAGCGGAAGUUCCGAAAUAUCCUGUAAAAAUAUACAAUGAUCAUAUAUCAGAAAUUUGGUAUCGCCUGUCUCCUAAGUUUCGUUUGCCGAAAUGUUAUAUAAAUUUACAAUUUGUUUCUUCUUUAGGAAUUCAGUCGCCAAAGAAUGCAGUUCUCAUGGAAAUAUACUGUCGUGUAUUAACAUUGCUUUUGUUUGAUGAAUUGUAUCCAGCUCUAUUAGCUAGAUUUGAAUGUAAGAUCAGUAUCAGUGAGAAAGGUAUUGUAAUCAAAAUAAACGGAUUUAACGAAAAACUGCACCUCUUGUUGAUAACUAUUGCAAAAUGCAUUGUAGACUAUCCUGCACUUGUUACGAAUAUUUUAUUUGAAACCUGCAGAUUACCACUACUAAAUACGGAAUAUCUUAUGAAUGUAUUUGCGAGUCCAGAUGAACUUGCCGACGACGUGAAAUUAUCGGUAUUGAAACUUAUUCAUUAUACACGCGUCGACAGACAUACUGCUCUGUCUAAUGUGAAUUUUAAAGAAUUCCGACGCUUUGUGAAAUCCUUUACCGAUCAUUUGUACGUCCAGUGCCUCGUGCAAGGUAACGUAACGCAGGAUGAUGCAAUCGAGACUAUACAGCAAUGUCUCAAAAUAAUUAAUUGCGGUCCAUUGUUUAGUAAUACAGUACAGCAGAUGAGAGUCGUUCAAAUACCUUUGGGCGUAAGCUAUUGCAAGUUAAAAAAUAUUAACGAAACUAAUCCAACUUCUGCAGUGAUAAAUUAUUAUCAAGUCGGUAUCACGUCGAUUGAAUCAUCAAUAUUAAUCGAUCUGAUGAGAAUAAUAAUGAAUGAUUAUGCUAUAUUAUGCUCUGAGGAUUUCAAAUUUUUCUCGUGCGAAAAUGACAAUGAAACUUCAGCUAUAGGGUAUUCUAUUACGACUGAUGCAAAUAAAUGCUCAACCGAGCAUAUGGAUCAGCAGAUCGAGGCACUUUUAAAAAUAUUUAAUGAGAUUUUGAAAGAGAUUUCAGAAAAGGAAUUAGAUGUUUUUAAGGAGAAAUUCGAAAAGCAAUUAUACAAUUAUGCUGUCGAUAACGAUAUUGAAAAUGAAGUUUAUACAAACUGGAGUGAGAUAACGAAGGGGGAAUAUGUUUUUGAUAGAUUCAAGAGGGAAAUGCUUGCAAUAAAGGAUAUAAAGAUCAACGAUCUGAGAGAAUUUUUUGCAAAGCACACGGAUAAUGGAAGUAAUUUUAGAAAAUUAAGCAUACAUGUGGUGGGAAAUGAUCGGAAGGAAAUUAAAGUCGAGAAAGAUAAUAAUAAUAAUAAUAGUGAUUGCGAGGAAAAGCACUUUGUUUUGGAAUAUAUAAGCGACGGUCAGGAGGAAACUAGAGUUCAUCAUAUUACUAACGUAGAAAAUUACAAGAAAGGUCUUUAUACUUAUCCUGUCAGAGUGUUUAGUAAGUGA